AUGUCUAAUGAAAGUGAAAAUAUUUUAACAAACUUAUGUAAUGAUAAUGGGGAUUUUAAAGUGUUGCCCUCGUGUAUGAAAUAUAAAAAAUUGGAUGAAGAAAAUAAUAUAAACGCGUGUGAAGAGGAAUGUAAAAAAUGCAAAGAAGAUAUCUGUAAAGAAUGUAAAGAGUGUAAAGAAUGUAUAGAAUGUAAUCAAGAAAAUUAUAAGGAAACAUGUGAAAAAAUUUGUCAUAGAUUGAUAAAAUUGUCCACUAUUCUGAGCGAUGAAAGUAGUUUAGGUAACCGCUGUUCAUAUUUUAAUUACUGGACAUAUGAACAAUUAUGGAAAAAAUAUAACAGUUCUAGUAGUUCUAAUUCAAGCACUCAAAUAAAUACUUGUGUUCUUAAUGCAUUACAUAAGUUAAUUUGGAGUAUUAAUGAAAGUGAUAAUGUAAAGAAUAAUCCUUGCUACUUUUAUUUUGAUGGGACAUUCAGUGACUGGAAAAAUGAGAAAUACUUGCAUGAUUAUUUUAAAAAUCAUGAUCAUAUUAAAAGUAAUGGCGGUUCUAAUAAUGAUGAAAGUAAAUAUUGUAAAUAUGUUACUUCUAUUUUGACAUUAUAUGAAAAAUAUUCAAGUUAUUGUUGUACAUAUUUUUUCUUCGGACAUUACUGGGAUCAUUGUCCAAAUUUUUAUAAGUGCAAUAAAGAUUAUAGUCCUUAUAAACUGCUAAAUAAAUUAAAGUGUCAUGGUGAAUUGCCUCCAUACCCAGAAAAAUUAGUACAAUCAUCAGCCAUUGACUUUUAUGUUAUACUUAAAAGUCAAAUGAGUAAAUUUAAAAAAUUAACAUACGAUUCUUUCUACGUUACAACAUCAAUUUUAUUUACUGUUUUAGCAAUAUUCUAUCUCAUUUUUUUAUUUUACAAAUUUACACCUUUAGGAUCAUUUAUUGAUAGGAAAUCACAUAAGAAAAAGCAAAUAAAAAAUAAUUUUCAGGAAAACUCUAAACAGAAAUUACCAUCUAGGAAGUUGCAACGGGGACACGGGAAUGAUCGAAAAAAAAAAAUCUAUAUAUCUUAUAAUUCUUAA